UUAUAUAUAUUUAUUUGUAAUAGUUAAAGAAUUAUUUGAAAUUCAACAUAGUCUAAAAUUAAAGUAAAUUACAUUAAAAUUAUUUUUUUUUAUUUCAUUUUUUUAUUUUUCUGUAGUAAUUACUUUUACUACUUUAAAGGGGUAUUUCUCCAACAUGAUAGACUCAGUGAUAGGCUAUGUAUCGAGUCUUCUCUUCACCUUAGCCUUUGUUGCAUCUCUUAUUUUUGUUUGUAAAGGAAGCAAGAAGGGAAGUCCAAGUAAGCUUCCACCAGGCCCAGCUGCUUUACCAAUUUUAGGAAACCUUCUUCAUCUUGGUGACCAACCCCACAAGUCUUUGGCGAAGCUUGCCAAGCUUCAUGGCCCGUUGAUUAGCCUAAAACUAGGCCGAGUAACUGCAGUAGUAAUUUCUUCUGCACCACUAGCCAAGGAAGUCCUCCAAACGCUUGAUCUCACUUUUGCUGACCGAUCUAUUGUUCAGGCAGUCGAAGCACAUGAACACCACCGAGUGUCGCUGGCUUGGCUCCCUGUCGGGGCACCAUGGAGAAAUCUUAGAAAAAUCUGCAACUCUUAUAUCUUUGCCAGUCAGAAACUUGAUGCUAACCAAGACCUUCGCCACAAGAAAAUUCAACAACUUCUUGUUAAUGUUCAUGAAAGUUGUCGUGUAGGUGCUGCAGUAGAUAUUGGCCAAAUGGCUUUCAACACUUCACUUAAUGUCCUGUCAACUAUUAUUUUUUCUCUGGAUUUGACUGAUUCAAGUUUGGAUAUUGUACGAGAGCUCAAGGAGGUGUCGAGGUGCAUUAUGGAUGAACUAGGAAAACAAAACUUGGCUGAUUAUUUCCCCAUGCUUAGAAAGUUCGACCUACAGGGUAUAAUGUGUCGCACAUCAAAUUACUUUGCAAGGAUUUUUGAUUUGUUUGAUCGUAUCAUCGAUCGACGGUUGCAGUUAAGAAGAAAGCAAGGUUAUAUCCCAAACAACGACUUGCUUGAUACUCUUCUCACCCUGAUGAAUGAACACAACGAAGAAGAGAUGGAUAGGAAUUGCAUGAAACAUUUAUUCUUGGAUUUAAUUGUUGCUGGAACUGAUACUACCUCAAGCACGUUGGAAUGGGCAAUGACGGAACUACUUCGCAACCCAAAGAGUUUACUGAAAGCGCGAGAGGAGCUUGAGCAGACAAUAGGCAGAGAUAGAUUUGUACAAGAAUCAGACAUUGCUCGGUUACCGUACUUGAAAGCAAUUAUAAAAGAAACCUUCAGAUUGCAUCCAGCAGCCCCCUUACUACUUCCCCACAAAGCAGGGGCAGAUGUAGAAAUUUGCGGCUUUACAGUUCCUAAAGGUGCUAAAGUGUUCGUCAAUGUAUGGGCCAUUGAUAGAGAUCCAAUUCUGUGGGAGAAUCCGGAGUAUUUUAUGCCAGAGAGAUUCUUGGGAUCGGAUAUGGAUGUUCGAGGGCGAGAUUUUGAACUUAUUCCUUUUGGUGCUGGACGCCGAAUUUGCCCUGGAUUGCCUUUGGCAAUGAGAAUGUUGCACUUAAUGUUAGGGUCACUAAUCUAUUCCUUUGAUUGGAAGCUUGAAGAAGGGAUUACACCAGAGAGCAUGGAUAUGGAAGAUAGAUUUGGCCUCACCCUGCAGAAGGCUCAACCACUGCGAGUUAUACCUAUGCAACUAUGAAACAACAAAAAGUGAGCUCAGAAAUCUUCUCCAGAGAAGAAUAUCAAACACUUUGCAGGCAAAGCUAAAAAACUUAGCUUUAUCCAAUGCCUGAACAACCCUUUUCAAUAAAGCCUGGUCCUGAUUAAAAAAGAGAUAGAGAAAGAGAGAAGAGAAGAGAAACGCAAAGGGAGACAGAAGCGGUGAGCCAAGGGUCAUCAUCACCGGUCGAGUGUGAGGGGUUUUAUUGGGUUCAAUUGUAUUAGGCUGUUUUUUUUUUGUGAUUUUGUUGUUGUUUUCUGUAUUUGUUCACGAUCAUGGCAGGAAUUGAUCUUUGUAUUUUGUGGUUCCUCUUUUGACAUUUUUCUAAUGAGAUUUUGCUCACUAGUUUAUUGAUA